CUCGUCACGAAUCUCGACUUCCUCUAGCACUGCAGCAACGACGACAUCCUGCAUACCCUUUCUCAGCCGACGACCGGGAAUCGACUUCGACUUUGGGAACGGCCGUCUCGCACUAAACGAGGAGACAACCCCCGUGUGCGGGCUCUCAUUGGCGCAAGCGCCGUGGUUCUUUGGCGCUCUCACCUCAAGUCAACUCUAUGACCGCGGUAACUUGAGGCGUGGAGGCAAUCGACACGAGGGGCAGUCCACCACGAUCUAAUUUUGAUCUGCGAGGGCGUGUGUGCUCCAGAGAAUGCGGCAUCGAGAGCACUAGGGCUAUCCUUGAGCUGCCUACUUAAAUAGCGCAGAGUGUAAGUCGUUCCCUAGAACUUCAGUUUGUUGUCUGAUUCUGCCGCAUUAGAAUUGCUGCCUGCUUCAGUGCCCCGAGUCCUUUCCGGUCUUGCCUAACUGGACAUUUUCCCGAUUGUGGCUGGGAGCCCAUUGCCCAUUGCUGGCAGGCUCUGACAACGCUUUUGCUGCCGAUAUACGCGCUGCCUUUCGUGGAAUGGCAGCUAUCCCAAGACAUCAAGCACUGGCCGAGGAUGGUGCCCCUUAAUCUUCAUGCGCGCCAUUCCCGGCAAGAUCACACUUUCGUUAUUCACGAUUCGCUGGUUGCCGACGAUACAUCAACAUUCUAGUGCGUGCCCUCAGGAAACACGCACAUCUUUCUCAUAAACACAUCCGGCGCUUGUCUGCGUUGUCUGAUCCUUCGCACAUCCCAUCUGCAACCACCCCCAUGAUCCUAUCAAGAGCCCUUACG